GACAGUAUUUAAUCUCCCUUGCGAGUUAACGUGCAACACCUUUUGGCAGCAAAGUCUUAGCGAAGAACUCUUAAGACAGUAUUCAGCAUAUUUCUUAGAACCUGGAGUUAAAUUCAGGCGAUGCUUUCGUGCCGCAUGUGUUCUGGAGCGCUGCAGAAAGUUAAUUUUGUGGCUCGGGUUGGUUGCAAAGGUACUUACUGGAGCUAGUUCCGCCUUGCUCUCUCUCCCCUGUGAUGGACAACAGCGACAAGUGUCAAAAGUAAGAAGGGUUCAAUCAAACAGAACAGAAACGCAAAAAUCUCCACCCUUUUGGAUAAAUACCACCUAGGUAGACCGAGUACGGGAAAAGGAUCAUUUUGCUGCUGAGUUUUUCCUCAUUGGAACCAGUCGAAGAAAAGUCCAAGAAAAACUUCAAGGGCACUGUUUCUGGGGGAGCAUUUUAUUGAUAAUCAAUGACCUUCAGUCAAAGAGCUGCUGAUUGCUGAGUUUGCACAGUGAUGGAAAAUCAUGAUGAUGAGGUUGACCUACAACCGAGCACAAAAGGAAGUGAGGAAGGCAGCUCUGGUGGAGGAACGCCUCCAGCUAAACGCAAAGGCAAGUUCUCCAAAAUGGGAAAUAUCUUCAAGCCCUGGAAAUGGAGGAAGAAGAAGCCAAGUGAUAAGUUCACAGAAACAUCCAUAGUUUUGGAGAGGAAGAUUUCAGUUAGGAAAAGUCGACAAGAGUUAAUAGCAAGAGGCGUUCUAAAGGACGUCCCAGAGAACGAGAGUAACGAUGUGAACCACUCCAAAGCUCCACCAGUUAAAAAUGGUCACCCUGUGCCAAUGGAUGUGGACAGGGUCUCAGAAGCGGGAGUGCGAGUGUCUCGAGGGGAGUCGGACAUUAAGGUGAAUUCCAGGCUACCCCAACUAGAUGAACGUCGUAACAGAGUGCCAUCUGAUGCUUCCCGAAGUAACCGGGCACCGCUGGACGUGGACACUCAUGCACGGCUCGCUGUUGAUGUAGACAAACGAAGCCGUCUGCCAUCAGAUAUUGAUAAGAAAGGAGGAACUCUACCUCGAGGGUCUCAACAAGAUGAUAGAUACCGUAGAGAUGAGAGAAGAGACGGCAGAGAUGAAAAGAAGGACAGGGAAGAAAGAGAUAGGCGAGAGGAAAGAGAAAGGGAUGGUGACCGGAGAGACGAUAGAGACUACAGAGAAAGGCGAGAAUGGAGGGAUGAAAGGCCAGAUAGAGACAGAGAACGGCGGGAUCGGGACGAGCGGGAGAGGCGGGAUCGGGACGAACGGGAGAGGCGGGAUCGGGACGAGGACAAGAGGCGGGAUCGGGACGAGGACAAGAGGCGGGAUCGAGAGGACCUUGAAAGGAGGGAUAGGGACGAGAGGGAGCGUAGAAUCCGUGAAGAGAAGGACAGGAAAGACAGGGAUGAAAGAGAACGACGAGAACGGGAUGAGAGGGACAAGAGGGAUAGGGACGAUAGAGAAAGGAGAGACAGGGAUGAAAGAGAACGCAGAGAGCGGGAGGACAGGGAAAAUCGGGAGCGUGAUGAAAGAGAAAGAAGGGAUGACAGAGACAGGAGAGAUGAGAGGGAUCGACGUCCUGAGAGAGACUGGCGAGAGAACAAAGAUGACAGGGACAGAGAAAACCGGGAGAGGAAAGAUCCUCGAGUAGAGAGGGAGGACAAACGAGAUAACUGGGCCAAGAGAAAUGAGAGAGAGAGGCCAGGACCCCAGCGGCCUGUUGACAACUUUCAGCCUGUCAUCAGGCCUGCCUCUGAGAUUGACUUGAGGCCUCCUAUCCAGAAGAGCUCCUCAGAGGAAAACAAGAAAGUUCGCCCUGCAUCAGAGUCUGACCGAAGGAGCACCCUGCCCAGAUACGCACCCCCUGCAGAAUUCAGAGAACGAUCAGAGUCCGCUGGUGUCCGCUUCACCCCUGACACUCCUCCAACACAGGACUCACAGCAGCUGCCUCCUCCACCCAAACAAGCUUUGCUCCCUCCCAAGUUCCUUGCUAGUCCUAUCUAUGAAUCACCGAGGAGUCCGACCCCCCCCUCGUCUUCAUCCUCUUCGUCGUCCUCUUCCUCCUCCUCUGCUGCUGUACCAAUAGCCAAACCACCGAGGACGGUGUCCCUAAUUGUAGAUGAUGCUUCCCGACCUUCCCUCACUGCUGCUUCCUCAACUGACUCUGACACACCGCCCCCCAUUCCUCCCCAUGCCAAACAGCCUCCUGUCCCCCCACCCAAACCCACCAACCGCAACAGCAACCCUCCACUGCUUGCUUCCACAUUGAACAGGGGCUCUAAGGUCAGACAGCCUUGUUACUGGACCAGCUGGAGACGCCAGAGUGAGCUCGGCCUCUACUUUUCUCUACCCUUGUACCUGCGUCACAGGGCUGCCCAGUGCUGCUCAGCAGAGCUUUCACAGGCUGGCUCUGGUAUAGGUCUUGUCCCGGCACCAACCAAACGCUCUCCACCAAUCCCACCAAAGAGGACAACCCCUGUCAUCAAGCACCUUUCUGUGGAUCCUUCUCCUCCCAGUCAGACCCCAGAGUCUCCCACCGCUGAGCCCUCCCCUGCCCCCGCUCUGGUGCCCCCUGCUGUCCUGAAAGGAAAUGACACAGAGGAGAAGACAAAUGGAGCAGUUCCUGAGACCUCCACUGUGCCUACCCUGUUACCGCCCUCCCACAUACCUCCAUCUCCCCCCAGGGUUCAGUCUCUCCAGCCACCCAGCCUCCCCUCCUCAGGUCCCAUCCCCACGACGCAAAUUAAUCCCCCGAGCCCAACCACUGAGCCACCCAGCCAGCCUCCACUCCUCCCUCUACAUGUUCGCAUCUCUAGGGCUCUGGCCAGUCCCGGUCCACCUCAGCCAAACCCAGACAGUUCCCAGAGAGCCCACUCACUGCUGUUUGAGAUGCCACCAGAGAUCCCCACAGAAGUGGGGGGUAACUCACGGCGCUCUCUCCCCGUCACCAUCGAACCUCUUAGGCUGCCAGAAGACGAUGACUUUGACAUUGAAGAAGAGAUGCGCAAACUUACUCCUAAGCCGUCCUACCAGUCGGAGCUGGAGCCCCGCAGCAGGAAAGGAUUGAUUGGAGACCCCAGAGUGUCUGUCAUCCCUGAGGGUGGAGGCCCUGGAGACAGCGAGGAGGAGUCAGACUCAGACGGCCCCAUCCUGUACAGAGAAGACGAAGAAAGUGAUGAAGACGAGGAAGGUCCUCCAAGUGGGCUGGCGAGUCGAGUGAAGAGGAAGGACACGCUGGCGCUGAAACUGGAGCGAGAGAAGGAGAAUCAGGAUAACAAUGAUAGCAUGAGCUGGAACAAUAAGGAGCAGUGGGAGGAAGUGAGGAACAAGAUCGGGACCACACUGACACGGCGGCUGAGUCAGAGACCCACAGCAAAAGAGCUGGAGCAGAGGAACAUCCUUCCAGCCAAGAACGAAGUGGACCGACGGCUGGAGAGAAGCGAGAUCAAACGGAGGCUCACCAGAAAGCUAUCUCAGAGACCCACAGUGGCUGAGCUCCAGGCCAGGAAGAUCCUGCGUUUCCAUGAGUACGUCGAAUCUACCCACGCUGAGGACUACGAUCGCAGAGCAGACAAGCCGUGGACGAAGCUAACACCUGCUGAUAAGGCUGCUAUCCGCAAGGAGCUCAACGAAUUCAAGAGUUCAGAGAUGGAGGUCCACGAAGAGAGCAGGAUCUAUACCCGGUUUCAUCGGCCUUAGUUCUCCGUGCCGAACAGUAAAGCACUUAAACUGGGGGGAACGAGGCGGUACAAACCCCCACCUCCCCCUUCUCACUGCGAACUGAAUAUGUGGUCCCCUUUGGUCCAUUUUAUGUAUGUAUAUCUUUUUUAAAUCCAUGCCUGCUAACCUGCUGAAGAUGGCGUCACUAAAUGGAACCAGGACUUAAGGAGCCACACCCACAGUGAGGUCUAAGGCAGAUCUGACACUGUGGAAUUCAGGAAAGGAGGAGUUUGUCGGUGCAUCCAUGUUGGAGGCGCACGGUGCCAACACUAAAAAGGGCGAGCGCUACGUGCAAACAUCCCCAUUGUAUUGGGGACUCAGAGACUGACCUUGAAGGGGGUAAAUCUCUGCCUGAUGCCUUUACCUGCCUUCAUGAAUAUAUUCUCCCUUUCUACCAGCACAGAAAGACUGUGCACACAAAGCAGUUCAUAUUAGCACUGUUGAUGGUACCACUAAACUGACUAGUUUAAAAACUGUUUAUUUGAGUGUACCUAAAGGUGCCACACAGCACCUGCCUCACUACUGAAAUCAUCAAACACCUAAACUAAUGAAAGGCUCAGACAAAAUGUGAAAGACUUCUUUACAACUGAGUUGUCGCUUUGUUUGAAUCAACAACAUACUGAUACUUACUGACAGUGACACAUAAUAUCCUAACGUGUGCAUUUUACUGUACUUUGCUGAUCAUGUAGUUGAUUCUCAUGGGACGUAUCCCUAGAUCAUUUUCUAAUAAGGCACCUUAUGUUCCUUAAUCAGGUAUAUAGAAAACUAUAAAGUUUUUGAACCUCUAAUUAAACUGUUUAUAACUGAAUUAUUCACAGCAUGAAAAUGUACAUAUUUUUAUUUUCCUGGCUGUUUUAUGGUACUUUGUAUAUGCCAUAGGUGGCUGCUAUUGUAUAGAUCAAUUAUGUAGAUUUGAUUUACUUUGUAUUGUAAACUACUGACAUGCAACGCUGACAUGUUUUAAUUCUAAAGUAUUUCAAAUAUUAUCUCCUAGUAGUAAUGGUACUUUUUUGAUACAGAGACCAUUAAACUGUUUUGCAACAACACUGAAUAACUGUACAAUCCGCUCAGAAAAUAAAAUGUGAUUUUUCAUGCA